AUGGCUCCUGAUCUCAAAUCGCCAGUGGGACGGGUUUUGCCCUCGAUCUCACCAAGCAACAGCGGCAGCUCCAGCGCCUUGGGUCGCCUAACAGCCCUGGGGCGACAAUUGAUUCCGUCUUCCCCCUUCACGACCCGCAGCGAAGCCGAGUCUGCAAACGAAACAGGUCCAGAUUCUCAAGUCGGCACGCUGCACCUCGGCCCGAACGUUUCCAUUGCAGUGACCAAACCGCGCGAGCCGGAGCGCCUGCCAACGGAUCGCCUUCUGCUCAAUAUUCACGAUCCAGUUGUCUCAGAACACCUCGAAUGGCUAGGGAAGAAGUGGAUGCUUGGGCAAGAUGUAUUCCUGCUCUCCCCUCCUGGGCCUUACUCCCGCCGUCUUGCACUCACCUUUGCGGCGUUGCUUCAGCUUCCAUAUGAGAUCGUCUCCUUGCAUAGAGAUAUCGGUGAGGCCGACCUGCUUCAAUCGCGCAAUCUGGCCGCUGGCGGCGAGCUCGUCUAUCACAAUGGUCCUGUCGUGCGCGCGAUGAUGAACGGCGGCAUCCUGAUCCUAGAAGGUGCACAGCGAGCAGAGCGCAAUAUUUUACCGCUGCUGAACAAUAUUCUGGAGAACCGUGAACAAAAUCUCCCCGACGGAACGCACCUGAUUCCUGCAGAUCGCAUUGCAUCCAUGCAAGCAGAGCAAGCAAAACUGGGCAAGGAAGUUAGCAGAUUUGUGCCUGUCCACCCUAAUUUCCGUGUGAUCGCACUCGGCCUGCCCAUCCCGCCAUACAAGGGUCAUCCCUUGGAUCCGCCUUUUCGAAGCCGUUUUCAGGGUCGAUGGGUCGAAGGAAAUGUCGGAAACCUUGGCUCUGCUCAGUUCACACAGGAGAAUGAGUUUUCAAAUGCCGGGCAAGAACAAAGGGAAGCGGCGGCUGAGCUUCAGAGCAGGUUCUACGCUUGGAGCUCGCUUCAGAAGCAGCAUGCAAUGGCAGCGGCAGGCGGCUCCAUUCUUCCUCCUACUUCCCAGCUUCCCAAUGUUCCCGGAACAGCACUCCCGCUUAUUGAGGAUCUCAUCCGGCGCUUUGUUCCGGAACAAAUGCCACCUGAGCCCGAGGAAAUUGACUCUCCAGAAGCCAACAUGACAGAACAAGAGAAAGAACGCGUGAAGUCCAAGGACGCAGAGGCAAUCGCUGCUUCAACGAUGAUGCUUCUAGGCUCUGCGUACCCGGCCUUGCACUCACUCGACAAGGAGAAGUCUAAACUUCUGACCGAGCUGCUUGUCGGUGUCGGUCUCAAUAAUGGCCUAGGAGAGCAGCAGCAAGCAGAGGGUGUUGGUAUUCUCGGCUAUCGCGCAAUCUCGAUAGAGAAGAUACCCGGUGAUGCGAAUCUUGUCGAUGUCGCCUUCGAACAGAUCCAUAGCGGACAGAGAGUCACUCUCCGAGCCCCUGGUGGCCACCUUCCGCUCCAACGUCUCCCAACACUGGGUGAAACAGCCCAGGGAGGCAUCCUGAUCUCGCCACGCAUGAUUGCCCAGUUGACGUUAAUGCUCCAGUUGCACUGCAUGGGUCGGGACAUAUGUGUGCUGCCCUCUACACUCGCUUCAAAGCAGGGUGGCGACGGGCUGUCGCAAACGCAGUCAUCAUCAUCCACUUCUACGUCCAUUUCCCUCUUUGCGUCUUGCCUCGGCUAUCAGCUCGAGUCUUUGCACCUCUUCAAAGACACUUCAGGACAAGAGCUCCUCAUGCGCCGAGCCACCACUGCUGAUGGAAGCACGACAUGGGAGGCAGCUCCACUUUUGAAAGGCGCGCUGGAUGGAAAGCUGGUCCAUCUGUCUGGCGUCGAUACCCUUGGUGCCACGCUCGGCAGCUUGUCGCGUCUCAGCACAGAUAGGGAAUCCGAGCUUUGGAAUGGCAGCCGUGUUCUCCUGAGCAACAGUUACAGUGUCUCGGACACAGAAGCUGAAGCGCUUAACGCGCUGAUGUCCUCCAAGGAAGCGGGUAAAGUCGUCAACGCCAUCAGUCCAUCCUUUCGCAUCGUCGCGACGGCAGCUGCAGCCAAGGCGGACUGGCUCGACGAAGAGGCAGGUACACUCUUUGGCUUUGUGCAGCCUAGUCCAAUGCAGCCGGCCGAGGAGCGUGAAGUCAUUCGUCAGCGCACACAUUGCGGAAAAGAAGCGCUCGACAAACUCUUGGAGUUUGCAGAGCGCUAUAGACAGAUUAGCGCAAAUCCUAAUCUCUUACUGCAAAAGUCACGCAGGCUCGGCACAAGACAGCUGAUACGGGCAGCGAAGCGCAUGGCCAAGUAUCCCGAUUCCGACUUGCACAACCUCAUAUCGCGCUCAUUGCUGGUGGACUUCCUGCCGAAGGCUGUCAGAGAGAUUGUCCGCGACGCGCUUGCACAGUGCCAUAUCUAUCAGCCCGGGGUGGAAGGAGCAUUCCAGUACCAGCCUGCCGAAUUCAUGGCUGAUCCUGAAGUCAGUAAUGAUCAACUUACAUUCUGUGACCUCAACAAUGAAGCGGCAGAGCCACAGUCGAUCCCUCUGUUCGACGUAGAUGCCAAAGAUCCGGAAGGCAAGAUCCUGAUCCCUGUCAUGCCGACAUUUUACAACAACCACGCCCAAAGCAUGCUCAUGAGGAGUAUGGCGCAGGACUUGCACAUGCUCAGUGAGCAUCUGCUCCUGAUGGGCCAGCAGGGUGUCGCCAAGAAUGCCAUCAUCGACAGGCUGCUCGAGCUGCUUCGCAGACCAAGAGAGUACAUUCAGCUGCAUCGCGACAGUACGGUCGCCUCCAUCUUACAGCAAAUAAAUCUUCAAGCAGGAAAGCUCAACUACACCGAAACCCCGCUGUUACGCGCCAUCCGACUUGGCCGCGUGAUCGUAGUGGACGAGGCGGACAAGAGCUCGGCUGCAGUGACAGCGGUCUUCAAGUCUCUCACGGAGCGCGGCGAGCUGUCCCUCCCGGACGGCCGGCGCGUGCGUCCGAUCGGCAGUCUCGGUGCGAACAACGAUAUUCUUGUUCACCCAGAUUUCCGUUUGAUUCUGCUCGCGAACCGACCCGGGUUCCCGUUCCUUGGCAACGAAUUCUUGCAAGUUCUUGGCGAGGGAUUCUCCUGCUACGUCGUCUCCAACCCAGAUUUAAACUCCGAAAUCAGGAUCCUGCAACAGGCCGCCCCCAAUGUUUCCAAGAAUCUGAUCAGGAAGCUCGACAUGGCAUUUCAUGACCUGCGUCAAGCAUUCGUCGACGGCCUGGUCACAUAUCCAUACUCGCUGCGCGAGCUUCUACACCUCGUACGGCAUCUGCAGAACUAUCCAGAGGAAGGCCUAACAUCGGUGCUGCUCAACACCCUGGCAUUUGACUUACACCGGCCCGAGGCGAUGCAAUACGUCAUAUCGGUGCUAAAGAAGCGCGGCCUUGAGACGGAAGGCCUGUCGCUUACCGAAAUUCGUGAGGGCGUUGGUGCAUUGGGCAAGGCGGCCAAGAAGAUCGAGUGGGACCCAAAGAAGGCUGGGCGCGACACGUCGUUGGACAGGCCCAAAGUCGGCAAGGUAGAUCUGCAGAACAAACCACACGUCGGCGGGAACACGUGGCGAGGCGGCACGGGCGGCCGUGAUACGGCCGGACUAGGCGGCGUCGGCGGGUACGAGCGCCUGUUUGCGGGGCACGACGUUCAUCAGGUUCCGCAGUCGCAGAAGGACGCCGUGCCGGAGCACAUCAGGCGGCAAGCACGCGAGAUGGCGCGGGAGGCGCUGGCAAAGAAGCUAGCGGAAGAAGGCAUGACGUCGCACGAAGGCGCGACGUACCACGCCUACAUAACCGAGAUGGCGCCGCAGAUCGAGCAAUUGCGUAACGUGUUCGACUUGGUGCAAGCCAACGCGAAGGAGCGGCAAUGGCUCAACCGCCAGCAAGAGGGCGAGUUGGAUGAACGGAGACUCACGGACGGUCUAACGGGCGAGCGAGCCAUUUUCCGCCGCCGGCAGGAGGCGCCGCCCGAGAUCGGAACGCCGCAGACCAAGCCGAAGCGUAUUCGUUUUGUCGUUGACGUCAGUGCUAGCAUGUACUCGAUGCAGUUCGAUGGGCGUCUGGAACGCGAGGUCAAGACAUGCGUGAUGGUCAUGGAAGCGCUUGAACGUGUCGACCCGACCAAGUAUUUAUGGGACCUGGUCGGCCACAGUGGCGACAGCGACCACAUCGUGUUCAUCGAAGCUGGAAAGCCGCCAAAGACCAACGGUCAGAAGUGGAAAGUGGUGCGCAACAUGGUUGCGCAGAUGCAGUACUGCGAUAGUGGCGACAACACCGUGCGCUGCCUGGAGCGUUCCGUACAGGAGCUCUCGCGCGUCGAAGCGGACGACUACUUUGUGAUCGCGCUUUCGGAUGCGAACCUGGCGCGGUACGGCAUCACGUCGCGCGUGUUGACGGAUGCGCUGCGCAAAGGCGGGGAGAAGGUGAAGAGCUCCAUCAUCUUCAUCGACCGCGGUGGUAAUGAUGCUGGACACAUUGCGCGGCAGAUGCCCGGCAGGGCGUACGUCGCGGCAGAGAUGAGGGAGAUCCCGGCGCUGGUCAGCAAUAUCUUGACGACCAUGAAUGGAGAGGACUCUGCGUGAUGCU